GUAAUUUUUAAUUAAUAAUGUUCAUUAUUUAACAAAAUUGCAAUUAUAUAUUCAUUUCUCCGAUCCCUCUGUCCAAAAAUAGAUUAUUACCUUAUUAUUUAAUCCCUAAAAUUACUUUUAUUUUGAUAAAAUAAAAUAUUUUUCAAUUAUACGAAGUCUUUUGUAAAACUUUUGGCCUACUGUAAUUUUUUAAAAAUAUAUAUAUAUUUUAAAAAAUAUAUAUAUUGAUCACAAAUAGUUCAUUCGGUGAUAUUAAUGUUUUAUUUAUGGACUUGUUCUAAGCCCUACUGUUUUUCCUAUGUUGACAGUACUAGCAUAACUACAUUUAUGGAGGGUGAAUAUACCUACAUUGAUCAUGACGAUGAGGUUUUUGACGAUGAAUGGUACUUUGUGGGAGAAGAUGACCAAGAAGAAGACCAGAACAACAACAACAACGGUGGCGGCUUUGGGAGCCUGUUCCCAAACAUAGACAGGGACAACUCCGUCGCGUGCCUCGUCCGGUGCUCGCGGUCCGACUACGGCGCCCUGUCCGCCGUCAACCGGAGCUUCCGCGCUCUGAUCAAGAGCGGGGAGAUCUACCGGCUGCGGCGGACGAACGGCGUUGCGGAGCACUGGGUGUGCUUCUCGUGCAGCCUCGGUGAGGAGUGGGACGUCUUCGACCCCGAGAGCGGGUCCUGGAGGCCGCACCUCCCCCCGAUGGGGUCCAACGAGAUCUUCAUGUGCGCCGACAAAGAGUCUCUCGGGGUCGGCACCGACCUCCUCGUUGUGGGACGGGAGAUGCACUCUCCAGUCAUUUACCGCUACAGUGUCGUUACCAAUGCUUGGUCGUCGGCCAGAACGAUGACCGAGACCAGGUGGCUAUUUGGGUCAGCAAGCUUGGGAGAGAUUGGGAUAGUGGCCGGAGGGUGUAACGCCGUGGGGGACAUUGUGAACACGGCGGAGCUCUACAACUCCGACACCGGGUCGUGGACUCCGCUGCCGAGGAUGAACAAGGCGAGAAAGAUGUGCUCUGCCGUGUUCAUGGACGGCAAGUUCUACGUGGUCGGCGGCCUAGGACCCUCCGCCCGCCACAAAAACAACCGCCUCUUGACUUGCGGCGAGGAGUACGACCUUGAGGCGGGGACGUGGCGGGUGAUACCCCAUAUGUCCCCACUCUCAAACAUCGGCAACGGAGGAGGGAGGACGAUUGAGAGCGGCGCACCGCCACUCAUCGCGGUGGUGGACGACCAGCUUUACGCGGCGGACCACCGGAGCAUGGUGUUGAAGAAGUACGAGAAGGGGACGGGGGAGUGGGUUUCCAUUGGAUGGCUGCCGAGGAGCACAUGCUCCGUCAAUGGCUGGGGUAUGGCUUUCAGGGCGUGCGGGAAGAGGCUCAUUGUGAUAUCUGGGCCGAGGACCAAUACGGGAACUGGGCUUAUUGAGAUCAAUGCUUGGGCUCCUAGUGAUGGGCCGCGCGUGAAGUGGACUUUGCUCGGCAGGAAGUUCUCCAAUAAUUUCGUCUAUAACUGUGCUAUCAUGGCCUGCUGAUCUGUUUGCUGUUUGGGCUUUGACCUUUUAAAUUUGUUUGCUCCGAAAAUAUUUCAGUUUAUAUUUAAGGGAAAAAAAAUGUUUAUGUGAUGAGCGAAGUUUAAGAAAAAAACAUAAUAUAUAUUUAUGUGAUGG